AGUGCGUCUUUAGUUGAAAAAUAGGCGUCAGGUUUCUGUUAUUUUCCGAACGUAGAGAAGGUCACAUGAGUGACCCAGACGUUCCCCCCAUCUUCGACUUCACUUUCCACUUUGAAUUUAGAAGUCACGCAAGAUCGUUACCUACACUUUUGACCGUGGGAGCUUUUCAUUUUUAACUUCCAUCUCUUCCAUUCUCUAUCCAUCAUCCUUCAUUCUAUCUCCAUUAUUACUUAUCCAUUGUCGUCCAAUCUACAAAUCUCAUCUUGCGAAUAUUUGCAUGGUAAUUUAUCAUCCAAAUCAUGUAUCGUUCUGCUUCAUUGGAUCUUCCCGAUGACGGAAUGAAUAUGCCUCCACCAAGUAGAACUGGAAGCAGAUCUGCAAGCAGAAAUGCGACGUCGCCAGUCCUUAAGCUAUCUCGUCCUGCUGGAAAUGGCUCAAUUUUGCCAAAAACACCCACACUGACUCCAACUCAUAACAAUUCAGUAUUUGGUGAUGUUGAGAAGGUUUCCAAAUCUGCAGAUUCCAUAACUGUCAAUAUCAAACCAGUUGAACCAACUGAGGCCAUUGAAAAUGAUUCUACUCCCAAGAGAAGAAGUAAUGGGGUUGACAUGCGCCCUAGCAAAAAGGCCUGCUUGCUUGCGUGGACUUUCUCGAAUCACAAUUAA